AUGAGGACAGAAGCACGACGAAAAAAUCUUCUCAUUUUAAUUUUGCAUUAUUUAACGCAAGAAGGGUAUAUUGAUACAGCCAACACUCUGGAGCAAGAAACUAAACUGGGGUUACGACGCUUUGAAGUUUGUGACAACAUUGAUCUUGAAACUAUUUUGAUGGAAUAUGAGAGCUAUUACUUUGUAAAAUUUCAAAAAUACCCCAAAAUUGUCAAAAAGGCAUCAGACACAGGAGAAAAUAAUUUACCACAAAGAAGUGGAGGGAAGAACAGAAGGGUGACUGGCGACAGUUGUCAAAAUCUUCCCAAGAUCAGUCAGCAGAGGUCACGGUCCAAAACCACAGCAGCAAAGACAGGGGACACCAAAUCUCUCAAUACGGAGCUUCCUAAACAGGAGGUUGUCAACCCUCGCAUGGAGAGUGCUGACUUUGGCUUAAAUAUAUCAAGAAUCAACAAAGACAAUGGAGAGGAAAACACCCACCUACGUAGAGGCCAAACUAUUGACUUCCGAGGGCUGCUCACAGAUGCUGUCAAAGGAGAAACGGGUGAACCUACCUUGAACACCUUUGACUGUAACCCAGACCCCUCGGAACGAUUGCUGAAACCUCUGAGUGCAUUUAUUGGCAUGAACAGUGAGAUGCGAGAAUUGGCAGCCGUGGUGAGCCGGGACAUUUAUCUCCAUAAUCCAAACAUAAAGUGGAAUGACAUUAUUGGACUCGAUGCAGCCAAGCAGUUAGUCAAAGAAGCUGUUGUGUAUCCUAUAAGGUAUCCACAGCUCUUUACGGGAAUUCUUUCUCCCUGGAAAGGACUACUGCUUUAUGGCCCUCCAGGUACAGGAAAGACUUUACUGGCCAAAGCUGUGGCCACUGAAUGCAAAACAACCUUCUUUAACAUUUCCGCAUCCACCAUUGUCAGCAAAUGGAGAGGGGAUUCAGAAAAACUUGUUCGGGUGUUAUUUGAACUUGCCCGCUAUCAUGCCCCCUCCACGAUCUUCCUGGACGAGCUGGAGUCAGUGAUGAGUCAGAGAGGCACGGCUCCUGGGGGAGAACAUGAAGGAAGCCUUCGGAUGAAGACAGAGUUACUGAUGCAGAUGGAUGGGCUGGCUUGCUCAGAAGAUCUUGUGUUUGUCUUAGCAGCUUCUAACUUGCCAUGGGAGCUGGACUGUGCCAUGUUACGCCGCCUGGAGAAGAGGAUCCUGGUUGAUCUUCCCAACCUGGAAGCCAGGCAGGCCAUGAUCCACCACUGGCUGCCCCCUGUGUGCAAAAGCAGAGCCCUGGAGCUGUGCACGGAGCUGGAGUACAGUGUGUUGAGCCAGGAGACUGAGGGCUACUCAGGCUCAGACAUUAAGCUCGUCUGCAGGGAAGCAGCCAUGCGGCCUGUGAGGAAGAUCUUCAAUGCUCUUGAACAUCACCAGUCAGAUAGCAGCAAUUUACCUGAGAUUCAGUUGGAUACAGUGACCACUGCUGACUUUUUGGAUGUGCUAGCUCAUACCAAACCUUCAGCAAAGAAUCUGACUCAGAAAUACUCAGCCUGGCAAAGAGAGUUCGAAUCUGUUUGA